UUCAUGAGCUCAGCCCUCGCUGUAGUAGGAUUCGCGAUGUCUGUCUCCGGAUGUGUUCAUCGCAGGCGGUAGUGAUCCAGCAGCAGCAGCAGCAGCAGCGGCAGCAGCGCUGAGGUGAGCGAGUGAGAGCGACUCUCUCAGCAGCAUCAUGGCGGAGCAGAGCGACUCCCCGGCGGCCGUCCAAACCCCGCAGCCGGCGCUCACCACCAGCUGGCCCAUUGUCAAGGAGGCGUACGAGCUCCAGGAGGUGAUCGGUAGCGGAGCCACGGCAGUCGUCCAGGCAGCGCUUUGUAGCCCUCGACAGGAGCGUGUGGCCAUCAAGAGAAUCAACCUGGAGAAAUGCCAGACCAGCAUGGAUGAGCUGUUGAAAGAGAUUCAAGCCAUGAGCCAGUGUAACCAUCCCAAUGUGGUCACCUACUACACUUCAUUUGUUGUGAAAGAUGAACUUUGGCUGGUCAUGAAGCUGCUGAGUGGAGGAUCAGUGUUAGACAUCAUAAAGCACACAUUCAGCAAAGGAGAGCAUAAAAACGGUGUCCUAGAUGAAUCUACAAUAGCAACCAUAUUGAAGGAAGUCCUGGAGGGAUUAGAUUAUCUACACAAAAAUGGACAGAUUCACAGGGACGUGAAGGCUGGUAAUAUUCUACUGGGAGAAGAUGGAUCGGUGCAGAUCGCAGAUUUUGGUGUGAGUGCUUUUCUGGCCACCGGUGGAGACGUCACUAGACACAAAGUGAGGAAAACGUUUGUGGGGACCCCGUGCUGGAUGGCUCCAGAGGUGAUGGAGCAGGUACGGGGUUACGACUUCAAAGCUGACAUUUGGAGUUUCGGAAUCACUGCCAUUGAACUCGCGACAGGUUCUGCGCCGUAUCAUCGCUAUCCCCCUAUGAAGGUUUUAAUGCUCACGCUGCAGAACGAUCCUCCAACCUUGGAGACUGGGAUUGAGGACAAAGAGAUGCUUAAGAAGUAUGGGAAAUCUUUUAGAAAACUCAUUUCCUUGUGCCUUCAGAAGGACCCUGCCAAGAGGCCCACUGCAGCCGAGCUUUUGAAAUGUAAAUUUUUCCAGAAGGCUAAGAAUCGAGAGUACUUGAUUGAAAAGCUGCUUAGUAAAGGACCAAAUAUAAGCCAAAGAGCCAAAAAGGUCAGGAGGGUUCCAGGGUCGAGCGGUCAUCUGCACAAGACCGAGGAUGGUGACUGGGAGUGGAGUGAUGACGAAAUGGACGCGAGAAGUGAGGAGUGGAAGGCUGCUGUCAAUCACGGAAGGUCACGCAGGGUCAAAGACGAAAACCAGCAUGGUGAAGUGAACGCUAACAGUCUCCCGCUAGAGAACCUGUCCAUUCAGCAUCCCCAGGUUCAACCGUUGGAGAAACCCUCGAGCGCUCAGGGAGCGGUGAACAUGGUCCUGAGGUUAAGGAACUCAAGGAAGGAGUUGAAUGACAUACGGUUUGAAUUCACUCCAGGGCAAGACACUGCUGAUGGAGUUUCUCAGGAGCUCUUCUCUGCUGGUCUGGUCAAUGGUCAUGAUGUGGUUGUGGUGGCUGCUAACCUUCAGAAGAUUGUAGAAGACCCAAUUACCUAUAAAGUAUUGACCUUUAAGUUGGUGUCUGGUUGUGACAGCACAGAGAUCCCAGAUGAGGUGAAGUUGAUUGGCUUCGCCCAGUUGAGCGUCACCUGAUAGCAUCUCAUUACCACAGCAGAGGGAGAGCAGGAGGACGGAGAGAGCGAACGCCGCUACCGCAUUCAAGACUUCUGCUGCCAAACUCCCACCUCCUGCUCCCAUUCAGGUUUUCCUUUCCCCCCCGAAUCACCUGCCCUCUUCCGUGAAUGUUUGCACCUGUUCAAUCAAACGCAGCGCUCUUAUUCAAACACACACACACACAAACUCGCCCUCCUUCCCAGACGCUGUAUGCCUUUCACCAAAACAUUCCAGCAGCCAUUUCCCAGAAUUCAAAGCAGGAGCCCAUCAUCUCAGGAGGCAAUAGCUAGUGAAACAAAAAGUUUUUUUUUUUUUUUUUUUUUAUUAUUAUUAUAAUUAUGAUUGUUAUUGUGUUACCUCUUAGCUCUUACCGUAUUGCUAUUAUUGAAAAAAAAAAAGCCUUUUAUUUCACACAAGAGUAGCGUAGAUCGUAGACCACAAAACUGAAGUGGAGACGUCUCCCUCUGAAUGUAAAAAGCACAUUUUCAUUCUGAAUGUUAACGCAUUCGAACUGUAUUGUACAUAGACUUUCUGAUGUCUAAAAUAAGGGAAUAUUUUGUUGUUUUAGUUCCAGCUCAAAGAGUACGAGAGCAGAGAACCGAAUGCUGCCAUGUGCAAACGUACUGCUUUCUUUUUUCGGGACAGUGUUGAAGCUUCGACGCUAGAGGUGCCUUGUUUUUUUUUUAAUCCGUGCCUAAGAAACGUAGGUUACAGGCUUGAAGCUGUUCGGCUGAUGCUGAGCAGGAAGAACGCUGCUCGUCGGCAGAUUCGCUCAUAGUAUUCUCAGCGGCCGGUGGCUCGCGUUGAAGUUCACAGCUGAUGCACUUUGAUUUCAUGCGGUGCGAUGUACGUGCACCUGCGACGCUUAGACCCUAACUAUCCACGUUUAACCCGUUAAAGCUAACAAACAAGGUCAUCGCUACCACAACACACACCCUAAUCCUGAUGUAUCGUAUUCACAAGACGGCCGAUGGUUACACCUCAUUUUUACAGCACUCGAAUGUGUUUGUUUUUGACCCCAGAAUGCAUCUGUCUAUCAGCUAACGUGAAGUAUUUCAUAAAGGAAACCAAAUGUCUACUACUGAAUGACAGAAAAGCCAUCUGUGUGUCCAAAACGAGUAUAGUAACUUGAAUUAAAUUAUUCUGUUCUCAGCCCAAAUGUAAAUAAAUACUAAAUACUUUAUUAUUAUUAUGAUGAUUAAGUUGAAUUGUGUUUUCUAUAUACCAUGCGUGUUCCCUCCCUUACUAUUCAGCCCUUCUGUAAUCGGCAAAGAUAUAAACUUUCUGCGAAGGUACAACAAAUAAAACAGAAUUGCUACUAUUAAACCGGAGCAUGGCUGUGUUUUGGAAGAAAAAGGAUCCUAACUGUAUAAUGUGAUUAUGAUAUUAUCUUUUGCCUGCCUCUGUGUGUGUUUUUUUUUUUUUAUACAGUAAUUGCUGUAAUUUACCACCGGCAAACCCUCAGAAAGAGAUUUCAUUACAGCGUUUUAGUAUCUAAUCGUCUCCUCAUGAAAUGGGGAGAAAAACGAUCAGAUUUAUGCGAGAUGUGGAGCGUUUAUGUGAGCACUUGAACUAGUGGGAUGGGGAAUUUAUCAAAUAUCUGAAAUGAUUUUAAUGUGAUAUUUUAUUUUAUUUUUUAAUCUCUUGGUGCAUACUAUGCAUGAACAGGACUAAUUAUGUGUAAUUGUUUAAGAAAAAACAUUUCAGAAAUAUUUAACUUGAUUUUAAUUUGCCUAAAAUAUCAACUUUUUAGACUAUCGCAGAGCAAGUGCAUCAAUAUAAAAAAAUAUUUUUCAUAUUCUUAUCCUAAUAUAUAUAUUUAUCUUUUUAGCCUUGACACGCACACACACACAAAUACAAACAUAAACACACAAAAAAUGUGCUUAUAGACAUUAAAUUGCAGCAUUGGUUGUGGUCUAUGGUUUUUGCAUGUUUCUUUUAUUAUUUUGUACCCAUGGAAAGAGCCAAAAUAUUUAAAGUUGUUUUUUUCCCCUUUUGUUUCAAAUGUUUUA